AUGAAGGCGCAGAGGACGAACUGUAUUCGGCCUGAGGGCUACCGGCGAACCAGGCCCAGACAGCCGUCGGGUACGAAACCGCACGCCUUACUUUUUCCCAGUAUUGUCAACCGUCUUUGUCACAGCCACGAUAUCCACUGGUUUCAGGGGAGGCUUAGAAACCUUGGGGCAGAAGUACCGAGGGUUUGUAUGUGGCUCUGUAAAGCUUGCCAAGCACUCCUGGUAGGCUUAUCAGCUCAUUUCUGUCAAGACUGGUCCUUGCGCACGGCCUAG